ACUGAUACUAGUAUGUUAUAAGACUGUUUUAGUUUAACUGAUACUAGUAUGUUAUAAGACUGUUUUAGUUUAACUGAUACUAGUUAUAAGACUGUUUUAGUUUAACUGAUACUAGUAUGUUUGUCAAUAAGUUGAUUAACCUGUUCAACUGAUACAUUUUAUAGUUUUCUUUAUAUUAUUCCUUUUAUAAUGUGUCAUUACUUUUACCUGUAGUUAUAGCUGUUGGUAUUUGUAGGUUAAAGCCAGUGGCUUACAUUCCUGUGUAGUGGUAAUUCGGGUCCUCCAAAAUUUACGGCAACGGCUGCCAACCUGGGAACGUCUGAACAGCUGGGCAAUGGAACUUCUAGUGGAGAGAGUUAUAAGCAGCUCACCUGUACCCUUGAGUCCUGGUGAUGCUCUCCGUCGAGUGUUUGAAGCUGUUGCUGGAGGUAUUUUCUUACCAGGUGGUCCAGGACUUACAGAUCCUUGUGAGAAAGAACCAGUAGAUGCUGUUACAGAUAUGAACAAUCAGGAUAGAGAGGACCUUACUGCUAGUGCACAGCAAGCCGUAAGAUUGAUGGCAUUUCGACAAGUACACAAAGUUCUGGGAAUGGACCCACUUCCGAGACCAAAAUUUAUUCGUAGGCGUUUCAGUCGAAAACGACGUCGCAGUAAUGGUCCUGGAGAAGGAACUGAACAAGAAGAUGCAGUUGAGAAGAAAAAGAAAGAAAAUGGCCAAGUGCAGCCUGCAACAGAAAGCCAAGAAUGACAGAUUUAUAUUUCAUCCCUACACUCCAACAUUAUUUUUGUCAGCUGGUGCACUUGUUGACUGUAGUUUGAGUUCACUUUCAGUAAAUCUUCAGAUUUAUUGUUUUUAUGUCAAAACAAAGCUACUUCUAGCAAUUUCCUGUUUAGAACGUCAGUGAGAAGGUUUUUUUUAUUAUGUCACACUUGUUUAUCUGUUUGAGCAAGAUCGUAUAUUUGACAUUUGUGAAAUACUGUGCUUUUAGUUGAUAUAAAGUUUUGAAAAUAACUAAAAGUAAUUUUGUGUCUGCUUUAUUCUUGUGUGGUUUAAAUACACUUUUUGUUUCGUACAUUUAAAUUCAUUGAAAACUUUCUUUUGUUGAGAAAAGAUUACAAAACAAGUAAUGUUAUCUUAUCCCAUUGUGUCUGUAACUCACAAUAAAGUAUCUUGCUGAAACAGUA